AUGCAGGUCUCGGCUGCAGCCCAGUUAAAUGAAUGUGCUUUGGAAAUUAGCCAGUCUGGGAAAACGAAUUGGCACUUGCGGCUCUCCAGGUAUACCUUGGAAGGAGAACUCUUCCUUCUUCUAUUACUUCUUCUUCUUCUUCUAUUUUUAUCUUUUAGCACCAAUAACGGAGAUGUAAUUUACUAUUAUGGAAAUAAAGGAGACCCAGAACCUCUCUUCUUAAAUCCCGGGGUAUACGGCUUGAGCAACUCUUUGCUGGAUACGCCUUGGAAGAAACUUCAAUAUGGAAAGCAGCUUUUUUCAGAUGUCAUCAAGCACAGCCAGAGCCUCCAGAAAGAAGCCCUGGUCCAGGAACUGAUUAAACUGCUGAAUAACCAGGACCCUCAGCUUCCAGACCCUGCAAUGGAAGACCAGGGAAAGGAUUACGUCCUUCCGUUCCUAAACAAGUAUGCAGCUCUGUGCGUCCGAUGUCCAGGUUAUGGAACCAGAGCUAACACAGUCAUUCUCGUCGACGGGGAAGGACAUGUCACCUUCACCGAACGGACCAUGCUGAAUGCCGAUAUCACCCAAUGGAAAACCAGCACAUACCAGUUUCAGCUGCAGAUAUAAUCACACUUUCCUAAGCAUAAAUUGGAAAGAUGAAGUAAGAAGAAGAAAAUGAAUAGCCGGCCUGCCGGACAAGAACCCAGUCAGCAUUUCGAGAGAGCAGCUCCUCUUUUAACGUUGCCUAGAUCACUGUAGCAUUCACGGAAGAAAAAAAACAAACCCAGAAACAAAACUAUUUUUAUGUGUGUGUCUGCACAAAAAUCCAGAACAGAAGCAUUUGAAUCGAAAAAGCAGACUCUUUAUCUAAAAACAAGCUCUUUUUUUGCACA